AUGGAUCCCCCGGCCGAGAACAAGAUCGUCGGCAACUCCGCGGCCGGCCCGCCGCCCACGGCGGAGUUACUCUCCGGCGGCAAGGUGAUGGCGGAGGCGACGCAGGCCUUCUUCCAGGGCCAGGUAAGCACGGUGGACAAGAAAAAGGUGGCCGCGGCGGCGGGCGACAUGCUCGGCGCCGGCGCGUACUACGGCAAGGCCAACGAGAAAGGCUACGGGGAGUACGUGAAGAAAGCCGAGGUGUACCUAGAACAGUACGGCUCCGGCGGCGCCGCCGCCGCCCCUGCUGCCGCCGCCCCGGCUGCCGCAGGAGACUCGCCGGCGACUGAUGCCGGCGGCGGGGGAUACAUGAAGGUGGCGGAGGGCCUCCUGGGCGGCGGCAGCGACGCCGGAAAGAGCGAGGGGGGCGGGCUUGGCGGAGAUGUCAUGAAGAUGGCCGGAGGGUUCUUCAAGUAG